CGCAUGUGCGUGGGCGUGCAUAUGUUGCCCGACAGUCACAGUAUUUUACUCAUAUAAUUUUUACUAAUUUUGUAUAUUCUACAGUAUAACAUAUUAUAUUUUCUUCAGAUAUCUUCUUACAUAGGCGUUUUUAUUUUUUCUUAAAAUAUCAUAAACAAGUUCUGUCGAUCUGUUCCUCAGCUUCUGUAAAAUACCUUCAUUCUUUUGCGGGAUACAAUAUGGAUUUUCUACUGUUUGGCUGUUUUCUGGCAGGAUAUACGUUCAGCACUGCAAAGUCCACUAAUUUCGAGAAUCAACCGCUGCACCAGCAGCUGACACGGGCAGAACAUUUGUCUGUCUUUGGACAUCCGGAUCUGCUGGAUCAACUUCCGGAUGUCCCAUCUUACGAGGUCAUCACUCCCUACCAUCCAUUCGCCCGCGUGGAAAGGUCAAUCCGGUGGCCAACCAGAUGCCCCAAGACGUUGCACCGUACUCUCAAAAUGUUCAACAAGACUGUCAGGUUAAAGCUGUCCAGAAGCGAACAUUUGCGGGAUGAUUUGAUCUUCGAUGCCUUAGACAGCACCGACGUCACUGCGAAGUCUGAUAUUUGCGCUUACCGCAUGAAUGACCACAAUACUUCCGCAGCGGUUCAUGUUGUCGCACAGGACUAUACACUUAAUGGAUAUAUUUCCCACAAUGACGAAUUGUACCGCAUUUCUCCAGUACCACCGCGAUUACGAAAACGGGCACUGCAUUCGAACUAUAAAACCCAGCAUAUCGUAUUCGGCAUUCAUAACCUGAAUUUGGAGGCGUUAAAGACGCGAAUGGGGAAGAGUUUGGAUGAUGCUUCUGAAUGGAGCAACGCCCAAAAAUGUGCGGUAGACGGGAAAGCGGAAUGUCCUAACGGACGCUGCCUUUAUGAAACACAGACCCAACGACUUGGCAGAUCCGGAUCAACAAAUGAUGGCAAACGAGCUACUCUGGAAUUAUCGGUGUUUUUGGAUGCGGAGGCUUAUAAACGCUUUUCGGGUUAUUUAGGUUCCACCGCUAUUAUGCAUGACUUUCUUCUGCUCUUUUUACAUCAGGUCGAUCUCUUGCUGCAUCUGCCGACUUUCGGCCCGCCUGUAGACGUGAAAUUAGUGAAACUGACCAUGCUGACGUCACAACCGACUGAUAUUCCCACAAGUGGUGAUAUAGAAACUACCCUGGCAGCGUUUAGUGCAUACCAAAAAAAUCUUAAUUCGGCACCAGAAUCGGACCCAUCGCACUGGGAUCAUGCACUUUAUUUGACAAGCAUAAAACUUUCUCGUGGAGGCACAGAUUACACCGUAAUGGGGAUGUCACGCGUCGGAGCUGUCUGCAAUCCGGAUUACAGUGCAACAGUAGCAGAACUAGGAGCAAAAGAUAAGCUACAAAACGCUGUGCAAUCUUCUGGAUUUAUGGCUGCGUAUAUGGUUGCCCAUGAGAUUGGUCAUAGUAUAGGACUGAUGCAUGAUGGCGACGGAAAUAGCUGUCCAACCGGAAAAUACAUCAUGUCGGGCAGCAGAGGAUGGUCCGGACAGACGUUGUGGUCAGAGUGCAGCAAAACAGCGUUGCAAGAAAAGCUAGCAUCGCGCAGCUGUUUGUACGAUACCAAUUCAUCACCCAUGUCAUCAGAAAAUAACAUUGCAAAGUUUCCUUCACCUCCGGGACAGAUAUACACAGCCAACGCGCAGUGUGCCCUGCAAAUGCAAAAUCCGCAGUAUGUACGAGAUCCCAUACAAAAAAUUAGCGAGAUUUGCGGGAGCCUCCAGUGUCUAAACAGCGUUAAGGGCAUGACAUCAACUAUUGGACCGGCUUUGGAUGGAACAUAUUGUGGAUCUAAAAACUGGUGUUCGGGUGGCGAUUGUGUACCGUGGACAGGUGACCUUCCGGUAUCGGAUCCCGGAUGGUCCAGCUGGGCUAAAGGCGCCUGUGAAUCGGGUUGUAUUGAACACGGCACCGGAUACCAAAUCACGCAGCGUCUGUGCAAUAAUCCCGAGCCGCAAAACACGGAGACGGGUUGUGCCGGCGAGAAUCAUCAAGUGUCACUCUGUUCGGAUAAUGCGAUUUGCGGCGCACGACAGUCAGCCAGUGCCUAUGCCAGCCAAAAAUGUCAGGCCUACUACACAGCGGGAGUGACGGGAAUAAUGCCUGAAGGAAAACAAUUUCCCUAUGACAGCGAUAAACCGGAAUCGGCAUGUGCCAUAUACUGUAAAACGGAUGCAGGUGACUCUUAUAAGCACCCAAAGAAUGCCGUGGCGGUAAUGCUGGGACAGGAAGCCUACUUCCCCGAUGGGACUUGGUGUAAUAGUGACGGGUCCCGUUUGUACUUUUGUAUUGAUCAUCGAUGUGUUCCCCAAUCCGAUACAUAGAUCUAUAACGUCAACGUUCCUCUUUUACCUAUCGAGUUGUUGUU